AUGGCGACCGAUUACAGCAAGAAGACCAAUGCCGAGCUGGUCGAGAUCCUGAAGUCCCGAUCGCUUCCCCACACCGGCAAGAAGGCCGACCUGGUUGCCCGCAUCCAGCAGGACGACGAGUCCAAGUCCACGGAAGCUGCUCCCGCUGAUGCUCCCGCCGCUACCGAGACUGCCAAACCCGACGCUGUCGCCGAGGAUGUCAUCGACUGGGAUGACGAUGUCCCCGCUGAGACUGCCAACCCUUCCACGGAGGCUUCCGCGGCUGCCAUUGCUGCUGGCGGCAAGGGCCCGGUGGCCAACCCCGUUGCCGUCCCGAACCAGAAGCUCGACGUCGACCCUGCUACGACCAACGACUUGAAGGUGGAAUCGGCCGGUGGUGCCGACACUGAAGCCGCCCCCGAGGCUGCGACUGCCGAAGUUGAGACGAAGCCCGCUGUGGAUUACACCCGUGGUCUUCCCGCGUCUGAGUUGGAGGCGGAAUUGGCGAAGCGCAAGAAGCGCGCUGAGAAGUUCGGCAUUGUUGAAGACGAUGAGACUGCCCGCAAGGAGGCUGAGAAGCAGCUAGAGCGGGCCAAGCGCUUUGGUACUAGCGCUGUAGCCGAGACCAGCGCCAGUGUUGGUGUCAAGGGUCUUGACGAGGCUCUUCCCGAUGAGCGCUCUCGCAAGCGAGGCCGCAACGAGCAGGGUGGUCGUGGAGGCAAGCGGCGCGAUGUCGGCCGUAACCGCAACCGUCGUGGAGAUGGUAACCAGAACCGCAAUGGUGGUGGGAACAGUGGGAACGCCAGGGAGAGUGCGCAAAGCGGACAGACCGGACAGAGCACGCAGCAGAAGAGUUGGGCUGAAAAGGACCGUUUGGCCAUGGAAGCUCGCAAGAAGCGUUUCACGGCCGCCAGCUAA